AUGGUCAGUAAACAUGGGUUCAAGAGAGCCGAUGCGCUCUGGAAGAUCAAAUUCCCCCAUGAGCCACCUCCGCCGGACACAACGUUACCCCAUCCCAAUUCGCCUAAAGCAAAACUCCAUCCGUUUGCCUGCAGCAUCUGUAACCGAACAUUUCCACUACAAAAUGGAUUAACGCGCCACCUUAGAUACAUGCACAAUGCCACAUGCCCUGUCCCAGAGAGAAAACGCCCGCGAGCCGACGAACCGAUACCAGAGGAAUCAGCAUUUCCCUUUGACAAAUGUGAUAUGGUAGCGCGCUCUAAAACAAGCCUCAAAUCCCAUAUUAGAGCGAAACGUCCUGAGAACCCCACAAAGGACGCACCUCGUACCCAAUUAAUCCCUCAACUUGCUUCCCUACGCUGCGAAUUUUGCCUACGCGACUUUGGCAACAUUGGAGGUCUCGCAUGCCAGAAAAAGUUUAAACAUCCACCUGGAACUCCAAUUCUGCUAGCAACAAUACAAGUAACGUUUCCGCGAAAUAAAAAACGCCAGCGAGAUACGUCGCCACCACCAGAGCGUGAGAACAGAGAGAAAGUUCAACGCGGAGUCUGCCAGAAGUUCUACGUCCACCUAGACUCCCUCGUAAUCCACUGCAGAAAAUUCUAUUAUGGACAGGGAAUGCCUACAAAAAACAAAUUCCACCAUCACACGAUACAAGAAAACGAAAACAAGAGACCUUCCGGCAUUAGUCUGUCCCUCAUGCGGUCGCCAAUGUGUAUGAGUAAGUCAGGUCUAACUCUACACCGAAUGUCACGACACGGGUGUCAACCUAUUCGCGCGCACACCAGCCAACGCGACGAAUGCGACAAAACAGCUCUGCAUCUUUUGAGUUGCCCCGCUCUUCAUCCACUGCGAGUUCAAUUUGCUAUCGUUGAUUAUGUGCCCCUGAUGAAACUAUGUUUUUCUAAGCGGUUAGCAAAAUUCCUCAUUGCGGUGGAGCGGAACUGCACUAUACCACAGUCUUCACACCCAAGAAACCCUACAUCCCCUUCCUCAUACCCCGCAAGUCCUCCCGCGCACAUUAGAAUUGGCAAUGCCCUCGAUUAUGGAACCCCGAUAGAAUCGUACGUAAGGCGCUCGUGUCGCCGACCGAAGAAGUAG